AUGGGCGACAUGGGCGCGGCGCUGCGCGCGGUGGUGGCGGUGGCGGAGCCGAAGGCGAAGGUGGAGGCGUACCGCGCGCUGCUCGCUGACGUCAUCGCGCGCAACGACGUGGAGCACGCGAAGCUGUUCGUCGACCACAUGCUAUCGGACGACGUGCCGUUGGUGGUGGCGCGGCAGGUGCUGCAGCAGCUGGCGGGCGAGCUGGGGGGGCUGCGCGCGGAGCAGCACAAGGCCGUGGCGCUCUACGCGCUCGCGCACAUCCAGCCGCGCGUCGUGUCCUUUGAGGAGCAGGUCAGUGGGGCUGGAGUUCGUGUGCGCGUGAUAGUGUUUGUGUCCGUGUGUGCGCACGCACACGCGCGCGCGUGUGUGUGUAUGGGGCGCCACAGGGGCUUGGAGGUGCGGGGAGGCGGUGCAUGGUGA